AAUGAAAACCUACUGGUUGGUAGAUUUCCAGGAACAGGGUUGGGCAGAGAUGCUUUAGCUGUUGAGUGAGGGGUGCUUUGUUAGGGUUGCAGUGAAAACCUACAGGACAGUAGAUCUCCGGGAACAGGGAUGGCUUCCACUGCUCUGGAUCGUCUCUGCUUUUCCCAGGUGGAAGAUGCUUAAAAUUCUAUUGAUGAACUUACUCAAUUUGAUCACCACCCAUUUAUUAAUUUCUGUAAGUCAAUAAGAAAUCUCAUAAAAUUAAUUUGGGAACUUUAGGAUGAGUGAUAUUUUUAAACCCAGAGGGAAAAAGAUUCAAUCAUAAAAUGACAUUAAGCACUGAAAAAAGAGAAACUUAAUUUGAUAGCCCUUGGGAUGGGGAUUCGGGGUUCACACUGUGUAGAAUUGUACCAUGACCUUGAACAGUGUAUCGGUUUGACCCUUGGGACCCUGAGCAGUAUACUGGAGACACUUGUAUGACCUCUGUCCUCUGUGGCCUUACACAGUGUGCCUGUGUGACCAGUCUCUUCCGGAGCAGUGGUUUGGCAUGAUUGGAAUGGAUACCGUGCCCUGGCAUGAAAUGGGCAGGUCUGAGGACGGUGCCCGGGCAUGUGAAACUGGCACAGCCGCGUUACAACUGAGGAAACGUAACCGCAGAUUCACCCCCACCGUUAAAAGCCACGUCUCCUGUUUCUUCCUCCUGCAGUUCCUCAGCCAGUCCCCUUUCAGGAUGGUGCUCUCCGACUUCCUUGUGCAGCCAAUCCCCUGCACGGCCUGCUCACAGGACCUGCGGGGCAGAGGGCAUGCGUGCAUGCGGGUGGCACGUUCACGUGCUGUCGCAGGGAUUAACGUCCAAAGGAAAGCGCAGGAUGGGGUCUGUUUCAGCUGCAUAGCCCUCAGACUCUCAAGCCAAAGGUCCGUAGAGCUCAGUGGAUGCAGCUACGUCUCUGUGCUGUCCUUCAGUCCGUCCGCGUACGCUAAAGACAAACAUGGCCGCACGCGCUGGGCCUCCGGGUCACACAGACUGUACAGCGGCGUGGCGGUCACGCCCCCCGGGUGUCGGGGCGUGGCGGCGGGCGUGGGGGGGGGCGUGGCGGCGGGCAUGGGGGGGGGCAUGCCCGCGGGCGCGCCCCCCGUCCGGUGGUGGCACAGCACCGGUCGGCUGCGGGACGACUCGAAGGUGGAGAAGUCGCUCCUGUCCCUGAAGGAGAAGAACAAGAAGCUGGAGGAGGGGGGGCCGGUGUACAGCCCCGUGGUGGACGCCGCGCUCGCCCGCCGGACCAUCGGCCAGCGCGUCGCCGACGAGAUCCGCCACUACUACCACGGCUUCCGCCUGCUGUGGAUCGACACCACCAUCGCCGGGCGCAUGCUCUGGAGGGUCCUCCAUGGCCACGCCCUGUCCCGGCGUGAGCGGAGACAGUUCCUGAGGACGUGUGCGGACGUGUUCCGCUUGCUGCCCUUCCUGGUCUUCAUCAUCGUGCCCUUCAUGGAGUUCCUGCUUCCUGUGGCGCUGAAGCUCUUCCCAAAUAUGCUGCCCUCCACCUUUGAGACUCAGUCUAAAAAGGCGGAGCGGUUGAAAAAGGAGCUGAGGGUGAAGCUGGAGAUGGCGAAGUUCCUCCAGGACACGGUGGAGGAGAUCGCCCUGCGCAACAAAGCCGUCAAGGGCAACGUGACCGAGGAGUUCUCCACCUUCUUCCAGAAGAUCCGGGACUCGGGCGAGCGGCCCAGUAACGAGCAGAUCAUCCGCUUCUCCAAGCUGUUCGAGGACGAGCUGACGCUGGACAACCUGACGCGGCCGCAGCUGGUGGCGCUCUGCAAGCUGCUGGAGCUGCAGUCCAUGGGGACCAACAACUUCCUGCGCUUCCAGCUCAUCAUGAAGCUGAGAGCCAUCCGCGCCGACGACAAGCUGAUCGCAGAGGAAGGUGUGGACAGUCUGAACGUGACGGAGGUGCAGGCCGCUUGUCGGGUCCGCGGAAUGCGCUCUCUGGGGGUGACUGAGGAAAGGUUGCGGGAGCAGCUGAAACAGUGGCUGGAGCUGCACCUGAACCAGCACAUUCCCACCUCUCUGCUGCUGCUCUCCCGAGCCAUGUUCCUACCGGACACCCUGUCCCCCGCAGACCAGCUGAAGACCACGCUGCAGACCCUGCCGGAGAUCGUGGCGAAGGAGGCGCAGGUGAAGGUGGCGGAGCUGGAGCUCUCUGCGGUGGACAAUAAGACCAAGCUGGAGACCACGCUGCAGGAGGAGGCCGCCAUCCAGCAGGAGAACCAGGAGCGGGAGCUGGAGAGGCUGGCCGACGCCGCCGAGAGGGCCAAGGAGGUGCUGCAGGAGGCGCUGCAGACAGGGGCGGAGUCUGCGGUGGACCAGAAGGCCACAGUGGUCAGUGCGAAGAAGCGCCAGGUUGCCAUGGACACGGAACAUGACCUGGUAAACGUGGACCUGGCCAUCCACUCGGAAACACUGAGAGACACCGCCCCUGUGUUGGAGGGCAUUAAGGGGGAGGAGAUCACUAAGGAGGAGAUUGACAUGCUGAGCGACGCCUGCUCCAAACUGAAGGAGCAGAAGAAGCUGCUGACCUUGGAGAAGGAGGAGCUGGAGGACCUGAAGGACGACGUGAACGAGUACAACGAGGACGUGGAGGAGAUCAAGAAGGAGCUGUCCAAGGCGGGACAGGAGGAGGCGGUCCAGGAGUCCAAAGCCAGCAAGCGCCUCGCCAAGAGGGUCAACCGUAUGAUCGGGCGCAUAGACCACAUCAUCACCGAGCUGGAGAGGGACAAGACCGUGCUGGACGGGCAGAUGGACAGCGGAACCACCCCUCCCAUUGGAUUAUUCUCUGGCAAAUCACGCAUGUACUUCACCUUUAGGGAGAACCUGAUCAGCAUCGCCGAGCUGAUCGCGGUCAUGCGCCAAAUCCAGAACAUUCCCGAGCAAAAGCUUCUGGCCAUCGCCGACGCGCUGGACGACAACAAGGACGGCAAGGUCGACAUAGACGACGUCAUUAAGGUGAUCGAGCUGAUCGACAAGGAGGACAUCGACAUCUCCACCACCCAAGUGGCGGAAAUCAUGGUCAUGCUGCAGAAGGAGGAGAAGCUGGUGGAGAAGGAGAAGGCCAAGGAGAAGGCGGAGAAAGAGCAGGCCGUGAAGAUCUGAGCCCCGCCCUCCGGCCACGCCCCCGCCACGCCACGCCCCCCCCCCCCCGCCGCUACCAAGACGCUACCGCUACCAGCUAACUCUUCUUUCUGGAAGCUUCCGGCGAAUAGAGGCCAUCUGACAGGGGGCUUUGAAAAUCAUGAACAGAUUUUCAGAGCAAGGCUUUCCCUCUGUCAGUUUUACUCUGUAAUCAGUAAGCUGUGUGUGUGUGUGUGUGUGUGUGAGAGAGAGAAUAUGAGUGGUCACUAGUAUAUAAUGUGUGUAUAUAUAGGAGCAAAUUAUGAACAAUUUUCGUUCCACUGGCCAGAUAAUAAUAAUAAUAUUAGACUGUAUAUAAACCAUGGAUCUGGUUAGGUGUGCUACUUGUUAUCUAACUGAGGGGAAACAUGAGACAGAAUUCCACUGAAGUUGAAAGUAACGUCUGAACUCAUGAAAUUUGCCUUUCAUUCGUUAACUUAAUCAUCCUGAAGAAAUGCAAUCGUGGCAUUUCUCGACUUUGCACACUAAAUUCGUUACCGUCAUUCCAGAAGUGCAGUACUUCAGUAUUUAUUUAAUUUAGAUUUUGUUAGCGUUUUGCUGCCAUACUGGUGAACCAUGAAAUGAUCUUGAAUGUAUUUUUGCGAUGCAGAAAUCAAAUGUUGAUGUGGUGUUAUAUAAUCAAACAGGGUUUUAUCAAAUUAAUUUACAUUUUUUUUGUCAGGGGAAAAAAAAAAGAGAUGUUUGAAAAGCUUAUAGAAGUGGAACACUGCUUUUAAAUAUAUUUUGGUAAGGGACUGCUGCUGUUGAAUUGAUAUACCAAAGGAAAAAGUUUGUUUUAUUUUUAAAAAUACAAAGAAUCCUAGAUGCUUGGGGGUUGAAAUUUGGUUGAAAUUGAGAGAUGCUUCUUGAGCACUUUCAUGUGUUGAUGUUGACCUUGAGCAAAAUGAGGUAACACUAGAAGCACCUUAUUGGAGAACAGAGAGUUUUUCAUACCCUGAAAUGACCAUUUAACAUAUUCCCCUUUAAACAAUCACUUGAAUACUUGUAGUUCCUACACAUAAGAUUUCUAUUAAGGUUGGUGCUUGUAUUAUAAGAGUAUUCUCUUACAAAUACUUAAAUACUUAAACCAGGGAAAAUUAUUUUACCUUUUAGGACUGUGCUAAGAAAUAGUUUAGGAAGGAUUCAAGAUACAUCCUUGUAAUUAUUAUUCCUUGUUAUAACACUUUUCUUAAGUGUUCUUGCAUGUAAAUGCAUAUUUUCCACAACCUUACAGCAUCAAAAUUCAUGAUGGUUAUUAUUGCUCCCGUACACCAGAAAUGCAGUAUUUGCUGUACAAUGGUUAUUUAUUUGCCCAGAUGACUGAAAUCCUUGUUGAAGGGAACUGAUUUUCAUUGCAUAAUAGUUAAAAUAUAAGAAAUAUUUAACUAUCCCAGAAACGUUUCCCCCUUAAUCAAUAAUGAAACGGGGGAAACAUCCCUUUAAAAAUAACCUGUUGAAAGAUCAUUCAGUUUUUAAUACCUCUAAUUUUUUUUUUUGCGGUUUGGUCAUUUUAUACAGUGAAAAUCUGUAUAAAGUGUGUGUACAAGCAGUGUACAUUCACAUUGUAAAUCCCCCAGUGUUUCCUUAAUGCAAGGAAGAUUCUUUAAAGUAGAGGCUUGUGAUAAUUGAGAUUUUUUUCCCCCCCAAAGUGUUUCUUUCAGCAGAUGCAGUUGUUCUAAAUACGGCCUCAGCUCCCACCUUCUGUAAAAUAAGAAGGAAGUCCAGCUGUAGGACACUAUCAUCUCUCAUGACCCUGGAUUGUGUGUUUAGGAGUGGAGUCACUGGGCUGUUAAGACAUGUCCAACAGCAGCACUUGCUUUAAACGGUGCUUGAGAUGAGAAGCAGUUGGGCUGUUUGAAAGCCACUCGCAUAUAUGAACAGUGGGAUCCAUGCCGCGCGGUCUAGAGACGUGGACAGGCUUUCGUUUGGUCAGUGUAAAUGUACGGCAGCACCUUUACAGCGCACAAACCCGCAUCUUAAAACAUACCUCUGUGUGUACGUCUCCAAACCACUCUGUACAGGCUUUGGCGUUUGCAUUUGGGUACCUCUUUUGUUUUGUUCAGUGUUUUUUUGCAGAUCUCGAGGUGAGCACAGCUAGCUAGUCUGCUAACCGCUAGCUCGCAUGCUUUUAUAUGAGCACCCGUAGUGUCUUGUAGAUCGGCUUUGUCUAUAGGCGUUAAUGAUGUGACUGUAAUCGGUGGGUUCACAGCGACCCAGAACAGAUUAAAAUGUCGGUUGGAAGCUACCCUAUGUAUAAUUGCACUAAAUGAGCUCAUGUUCAGACUGUUCAGUCUGUGUUUGGGCUUCGGUAUGAAUGUGGUGUCGAAAGGGCAGGUCUGUGGUGGGGCGGGGCUUAAUCGCACCACGCCCCUUUCCAGUCUCAGAGCAGCGAGUGAUACAUUGCACUGGUUCUCUGCUUUAAAACUGGUACCGUAGCCAUGUCCAAAUUGGCGUACUUGCUUACUACUGAGUAUACAAGUUGCAUACUCAAUAGGAGGCAAGUGUGUUGAAUUGGUGCACUUGCCUACUACUGAGUAUACAAGUUGCAUACUCAAUAAGAGGUAAGUGUGCUGAUUCGGACAGGCCCAUAAUUUAACGCGAGGGAGGGAGGUAUGCCUUGAGUAGUCUAGUUCCACUUCUCAAGGCAGAUUUGUGUUAUGCAGUAAAGCGUAUAUUGUUAUUGAUAAAUCUUUAUAUUUAAUGAGGUAGUUUUUCUUAACAUGUUAAUCAGGCUUAUUUUUAUUUUUACCGGAGAAGUGAGGGUAGAACUAUGAUUUGUUGCAAGUUACUGGAAGGAGCAUCUCUGAUGCAGUACUUGACUUCAUAGGAAGCCAGACUUCUGUGUCUAGUUUUGUUCACGCGAUCGUUUCCCUUUCCUGCAGUUUUGAAUGGGGAAAUUUAGGCAGCUUGUGUGAACGGAGCUACAGAAUUUUAGUCUGGCGUAACAUUCUAGAACGAUUUUGAUUGUUGCCGUGAGACCAUGUCUUGCAUUAAAAAAUAUUUAAAAAAUAAUUAAAAAAAAAAAAAAAAAAAGUAAAAAAGUUAAAUACGAGUAUACUGUACACACGUCCAUUUUGUUUAUUCCGAAUGUUUUAUUUAUUCCGUUUUGAUUGAUCUUAAUUUCAGCCUCUGCCUAUCAUGCUUACUUUCAGCCACUCCCAUAGUGCUUUUCAUAACCAAAGUUGUAUCGAAUAGAACGCGCAGCUAGGUUUUCGUUCCGAAAGUUGUAACGUUAUCGGAACACUGCUCAGGCAAGCUGCGGUGUGCGGGCCAUUGGACAGGGGCGUGGCUGAUGCAAGGGGGCGUGGCCAAAACGGUAGCGGGACUGCAUCACUGGAAACAUAGAACAUUUGGCGCGGAGAUGACACAGAAGUUUUAACGUUCAGUGACAUGUAUUUAACUGACAAAGAAAUGAGCGAAGAAACAGACUGGAUAUUGGCCCACAAGGCUAAGGAGACUUUGCCAUGUUUAUAUUUUAAAAGCUAUUUCAGUCAAGUCUGAACAUAAAACUUGAAGCCUUGUUUUGUUGGUGUGAUUCAUAACUGUAUCGCCAGUGCCCACAGUUACCGUCGGCAACUCCCCAGCAUUGUGGCUCACUCAAUAAAAGUUUGUUUGAUCAUUUAA